AUGUCCUACUCAGGCAGACGCUCCUCCUCCUCCCGCUACUCCUCCUCCGGCAGUCGCUCCGGCACUUACUCCUCUUCCGGCGGCGGUACUUAUUCCUCCUCUUCCGGCGGCGGCAGUGGCUCUUCUUCGGGCGGCGGCAGUGGCUACUCCGACUACAUCCCGACCGCGGGUUACGCUGUCGACACGCCCUCUUACACCGUCACCAGCGGCGGUAGCGGAGGAUCCUACUACACCUCUUCUAAUGGCCAAUCCGGAUACUCAGGCUCUGAGCCUCCUUCCUAUUACUCCUCCUCCUCGUCUGGCAGUGCUGCUCCUCCUCCAUCUUACUACUCCUCUACUUCGGGAGGUGGCUCUUCCCGCUACUCCGGCGGAAGCGGCGGCGGUGGUUCUUCGUCUGGCGGCGGCGGAGGUGGUUACUCCGACUACAUCCCAACGGCCAACUACGGCCCCGACACGCCCAGUUACACCGUGACCUCUGGUGGUAGCGGCGGGUCCUACUACACCUCUUCUAAUGGCCGGUCCGGAUAUUCGGGCUCUGAGCCUCCGUCUUACUACUCGUCGUCUGGCGGCGGCGGUGGUGGUGGUGGUGGUGGUAGCUCUGGAUACUCUGGUGGUGGCGGUUCUUCUUCGGGACGUGGUUCUUCGAGCUACUCUGGUGGUGGCGGCGGUAGCUCUGGAUAUUCUGGAGGUGGCAGUUCGUCGUAUUACAGCAGUCGCUAA